AUGCAAAUUCGUCGCUGUGGCAUUCAUGGUUUCCAUGAAGUGCUCGGAAUCGACACAGAUGAGAUCCGCUUCUACUGGGCAAUUGAGAGCGAAGACAAAGAUGCGACACAGGCUUUCUAUCGCAUUGUAGUGACAACCGAUCCCGCAGAGCUGGAAUCAGACAGACCAGAUAUUUCCAAACUGGUCUGGGAUUCUGAACGCGUUGAGAGCAAUGAACAAAGAAACAUCCUCUGCAAGCCUGCCACCGGCUUCCAGUCUACUACUAGCCAUUUCUGGAGAAUCACAGUGUGGGAUCAAACCAACAGUGCGCACCAUAGCGCGACGAACCACUUCUUCACAGCGUAUCCGCAGUCCCAUCUUCUACCGCCGUACAGCAUGAACCAGACAUACAUGCCUCACACAAGUCUGAUUUUCAAGUCUUGGUUCGAAGACGAGGCGAAUCGCUGGAAAGCGGUUUGGAUCGGCGACGGAGGGGACAAGCCCAUUUACCUCAGGAAGUCCUUUGAGUUGGCCCGAAAGCCUGUUCGGGCUAUUCUGUUCGCAUCGGGACUCGGUCACUUCAAUAUGUCGGUCAAUGGCCAGCCGGCUUCUAACCAUCGGCUUGAUCCAGGCUGGACUAAUUACCACCGCCGCGUCCAGUUUACCUCCUACGAUGUGACGGGCCAUCUUGAUUCUGGACGCAACGCCCUGGGUGUUCAUUUGGGCAAUGGCUUCUACGCUGGAGACAAAGGUGGUGAUGAUCGCUUCUUCUGGCCCAUGUACGAAGAUAACACAUACGUCCGGUACGGGAAUGAGCUUUGCUUCUUUGGUGAAUUGCAUCUUUUCUAUGAGGAGGGCGAACACACUGUUCUCAUCUCUGAUAGCUCCUGGAAAGUGAGGAAGAGCGCUACCACACUGGCAAACAUCUAUGCCUCCGAGAACCAUGAUCGACGUCUCUAUCCUUCAGGCUGGGACUCCGCUAGCUUUGACGAUACCGAAUGGGCCCCGGUGAAGCCUCUUACUGGCCCUAGAGGCCAUAUUUAUUACCAGACCCAGCCUCCAGUUGUGUUGCAUGAAACCUUCCAGCCAAUAAAGAUCCAUAGCCCCAGAAAGGGGGUUGUCUGUUAUGACUUGGGGCAGAAUGCGUCGACCAUGGUCAAAAUCGCUGUCGAAGGCGCGGCGGGCGCGGAGAUUAUUGUUCGAUACUCUGAGUCUGUCAAAGAGGAUGGCACUGUUUUGAUGCCUGAUCCCUUGUUCAAGGAGUUCGAGACAGGUGUCUUUUCGAGAAUCAUCCUGUCCGGUACGGGCCAGCCGGAGAUAUGGGAGCCAGAUUUCAGCUUCACAAGCGCCAGAUACAUUCAAGUCGAGGGUGUAUCUUUGGAUGCAGGCAGCGGCUUGCCCCUCAUUCAUUCUGCUGUUGGUCGCCAUAUUUCGUCCGCAGCUAGGAAUCUUGGACAUAUGACAACCGACAAAGCUGAUGUCAACUCGUUGCUAAGUGCCCUGUAUUGGUCGUUCAGCAGCAACCUAUUCAGCUACCACACGGAUUGCCCGCAGAUCGAGAAGUUCGUCAGGAGCCCAGUGGGCUCUGUGCCAACAAUGGCACCGGAAAUACGAUAUAUGUGUGGUCCUCUCCAUGACACCAUCACCUGGGGCUGCGCACUGUGUCUACUUCCGGAUAUCCUGCGGCAAUACUAUGGUUCCACACACGUCAUCCCCAAGGUGUAUCCCGCAGCAGUUCGAUAUAUGGAAUACAUGAAGACCAAAGAGCGCAAGGGUGGACUUAUCGAGCACGGACUCGGCGACUGGGGUCGAGGUAUCGCCUUCGGCAACAACCAAGCAAACAUCGAGACAGCGGUGUAUUACCGCUGCCUACAAUGCGUUGAGAUGAUGGCGCGCGAGCUGGGUAAGCUCGAAGAAGCGGACAAAUUCAAGCAGUGGUCCGCUCGGAUCUACGACGUCUACAAUCACCACCUCCUGGUGACUGAUGACCAGUCGCGCCCCUACGUUUACUAUACAUCUCUCGAUAACUACCCAGAAAGGGACUGUGACGCAAUCGCCCAAGCGAUGGCUUUGCAAUUUGGUCUCGUACCCGCCAAGUUCCACAGCGACGUCAUGGCAGCUUUCCUGGACGACGUAGCCGAUGGCAAGAUCCGCGCUGGUGAAAUCGGGCUACGCUUCCUCUUCAACACGCUCGCUGAUGCGAAGCGGCCGGACCUUGUUUUGCAGAUGGUGAGACAAGAGGAGCAUCCAUCAUACAUGCGUUUCCUGCGCCGUGGAGAGACCACGCUUCUAGAGUUCUGGCAGGAUGAAUGCCGUAGCAAAUGUCAUGACAUGCUGGGCACAAUCUAUGAAUGGUUCUAUGCUGCUGUCCUUGGGCUGAAGCCUGUUUCGGAGGCAUACCGAACCUUUGAGAUUAAUCCUCCUUACGAGUCCGAAUUCGACCAUGUUAAGGGAUCUGUCGAUUCUCCCUAUGGGUUGAUUUCGAUUGAGUUCAUGCGUACCAGCAAGACUUCGGUGAAACUGGACCUCCAGGUGCCGUUCGGAACUUCUGCUCUAGUCAAACUUCCGGCCGAUAUGAGGCAGGCUGAAGUUGGCUGUGCAAAGGAAGAAAUCAAGUCUGUUCACGGGAGAGAAUUGGAGCUUGGCCAUGGAUUGUACACUGUAUCUAUUCAGUUAUAG